AUGGCUAAACGAAGACAUAAGAGAAGAACCCACGUGGUUGAGACUGGGGUUGAAGAUGUGCCUAAAUCAAUGGUUGUGAAGAUGGGCGAUGCGAAACGGCAUCCUACGAAAGCAUUAAGCGCACUCGUGCGUGAUUUCAGAGCCAUGAUGCAGCCGCAUACCGCAGCUCGAUUGAAGGAACGGAAGGCCAACAGGCUGAAAGACUUUCUGGUUAUGGCCGGCCCACUUGGAGUCUCACACUUUUUCCUUUUUUCUCAAACCCAUACAGGCAACACUACUUUACGAAUCGCCAGAACUCCUCGGGGCCCAACGGUGUAUUUUAAGGUCAAGCAGUAUUCGUUGGCUCGGGACAUUCAGAAGACCCAAACACAUCCCCAUGCUUUGACACGAGAGCUACAAAACCCACCUGUUCUGGUCAUGAACAAUUUCAGCACGGAAAAAACCAGUGAUCUCGAUGCAUUGAUUACCUCUACUUUCCAAAACAUGCUGCCUACAAUCGAUAUUCAGAAAACCAAACUCUCUUCUAUUCAGCGGGUUAUGCUGGUCAACCGCGAUGCUGAGACUGGUGACAUCGAUAUUAGACACUACGCUUUGGUCACCCGUACAGUGGGUGCAUCCAGAGCCAUCAAAAAGCUGUCUGCAGCCAAGAUGGGCCAUAGAGAUCUACCAGAUUUGAGCAGAUUAGGUGAGGCUGCAGACUACAUGAUGGAUCCUGGCCAAAGCGACUCGGAGGGUGAAGACGAGGUGCUCGACACACCUGCUGCAGGUACGGUUACCGAGCAGCAGCGUAUCCGUAAGGCCGUCAAGCUUGUAGAGGUCGGACCCCGUCUCAGACUCUCGGUGCUCAAGGUUGAGGAUGGUCUAUGCCAGGGCAAAACUCUUUUCCAUGCUCACGAGACCCGUACUGCCAAACAAGCGGCUAAGCUCGAGGAUAAGCACCGGCAACGCGACGCGCUGCGCGAGCAGCGUCGUAAACAGCAGGAAGAGAACGUGCGCAAGAAGAGAGAAGCUCAGACGAGCCGCAGUCAGCGCGGUAAACUCAAGGCGAAAAUGCAGACGGAGGGCAGUGACAGCGAGGGUGCAUCUGAUGAAGAGAUGGCAGACAGUGCCUCAGAUAGCGAACCGGAAUACCAGGAUCCCUCGGAAAUGAAUGAUUACGAACUCGAGGCUGAGCUUGCCGCUGAGGAAAGUAGUUAA